CCAGCUCACCUUCGGCGGACUCAUGGUCUGAGUUGCGCUUUGUGUUUUACUGACGGGUCGGGCCUAGCUCAACCCGUCCAUCAACGACUCAGGUCGGCCUGCCCCGUCCCUUUCUUUUAGAGCCACUGAUGGGCACGGCCGGACCGCCCGGCCGUUAUGGCUCUAGCGCAAAGGUGACAACGAGGAAAGCAGGGGAGAGUGUGAAACAGUGAGACCGCACGAGGAUGAUGCCGCCGCCGCCGCCGGCAGUUCAUGAACCGACAAUGCAUUGUCGACUCCUGGGCGAGCCAUUUUUCUCUCCAGUCACCGCAGUCUAUGAACAUCAAAACAUUGCGCCCAAUAUUCCCCGCCCAUCUCGCCUUUUAGACCCUAUCUUCCUUCGCUCUUCAGAUUCUCGAGAGAGGUUCUUGAUCGAGCCUUCGUUUCCAGGUGUUUUUCUUCUUUGAAGAUUGGGUAUAUACAUUUCAGGAUUCCAUGUUUGACUUUGGCCUGUUUGCCCCUCUUGCAUGUGAAUGAACUAGUGCUCUAGACUAGGGAUGUAAAUGAGUCUCCAGUGCUUCUAAUUAAUGUCAUUUGAAGUGAGAACGAGUACAAGAAUAGAGUAUAGGUACGAGCUUCAUUUGAAAAUUAUUAAAACAUGUAUGUACAGAGGGUAAUUGCCAAUUCAGAUCCCUACUUCUAACUUGUAUUAGUUAUUCUUUUAUAUUUUUUAUUUUCCAUUUGCUCUGCAAAUUGAUUGGAUCAUUUUUUGUUAGUCUGUUGGUUUAUUCAUUCUGGGACUGCAUGAGUCAUGAAGUUUGGACGAGUGACUUUAUGCGCUGUCAUGUUCUUUCUCUCAAUUCAAAAAUCUUCAAUAUAUUUUGUUGAUGAUAUUCCUUUUGAUCUUCAUUAUGCCUUCUAUCUCCGGUAGACUUAAAAAUCUAUAAAGGGUUCUUUAUCAGUAUGAUCUAAAUUGUGUUUAGCUUAUUUUUCUGCAUGUUUUCUAUUCUAUCCCCCCCUCUCUGUCCGCUACUUCUCUGUCGUCUAUGUUAAGCUAUACAAGAUGCUCAUUGUCACUAAAUGUUGUCAACUAAAAGAUUAUGUAGAAACACAUUGUUAUUGUACUGGUACAUUGUUGUAUUAACUAGCAGUUUGAUGUUUAGUGCAAACGGAAGUGAUGAUGUUGUGCAUCAGACUUCAGAGACAUUGCUGCAUUCAAGUUACCACGCAAGAGGGAUUUAUACUGGAUUGUUGAAUGAAAAAGAAAAUGGUGGAAGAGCAGAAAUGGUCAUUCUUAACGAGGUCAGCCAGCCCUCAGACCUCAUACAGGUUAAUCUAGAGUGGAAUGGGUUCUUAUCGGCCCGGUUUCUCCAACAACAUUGAUCCUAAGUUUGGUUGGUGUUGGAGGAAAGAAGAGAAGAAAUGGUUAUGUUUAAAAGAUGUCAUUCUCAAUGAUAAAUAUUUUGAAAGGCACAUGAAUAUUGGCUACUACAACGGCUCAAGAAAGUCUGUGGAAAGAGGGACUGGUGAAACCUCUAGAUCUUCUCUAGGGGUGAAGGCAGCAAAGAACUCAGAGCAAGCGAGGCAAAUGCACCUCCUAAUCCUCAUCUUGCCAAAGCUUUCUCGGUGGUUGUCUCUUUGCAAAAGCCAUGCAAAUUCUCACCCAGAGGCUCCUCAUCCAAUGGAUCCUACCGAGGUUCAUUUGAGGAGGCUCCUCAGCCUAUGGGUUUUACUGGGUUCAUUUAGAGGAGGCUCCUCAUCCAAUGGAUCCUACCGAGGUUCAUUUUUGAGGAGGCUCCUCAUCCAAUGGAUCCUACCGAGGUUCAUUUUGAGAAGGCUCCUCAUCCAAUGGAUCCUAUCGAGGUUUAUUUAGAGGUAAGAACUUUUGCUAAAUGGGGUUGUGCUUCCAAGUGUCAAGUUUGCGCUUGUGUUAUGGAAUGAAGACACUUGACAUAGUUGUGUCAUGUUCAUACUUUUUAAGAAUUAUUACUUGGUAGCAUCUAUUUGCUAUUAUGAAGGACCAUCUAAUCUGACGAAAGCAAAAUACAUUACCUUUGCAUAUCUUUCGACUAGCUUCUUAGCAUAAUUCUCCUAAGAUACAAAGACUUCUUUUUUCAGAUUCUCCACUUUCAAAUUUAGAAUGAGCAUGGAAAUAUUAAAUCAUACAUUUCUUGAAUUCUCUUUUGUGAGGUACCUACUUAAUUUAUAUUAAUAUCACUUGUUAAUACUUGAUUCACUUCUAGAAUGUGUUGCUUUCUCUUGUAACAAUUCUCACCAUUCUCCAUGUCAAAAGUCUAAAUAUCUUUUGUAUGUGGAAACAAGAGGCUUCUCAGCCUAUGGGUAUUACCGGGUUCAUUUAGAGGUAAGAAGUUUUGCUAAAUGGGGCUGUGCUUUCAAGUGUCAAGUUUACGCUUGCUUUAUGGAAUGAAAAGAGACUUGACAUAGUUGUGUCAUGUUCAUCAUUUUCAAGAAAUAUUAUUUGGUAGCAUCUUUUUUCUAUUGUGAAGGACCAUCUAAUUUGAUGAAAACAAGGUAUUUUACCUUUUCAUAUCUUUACUAGAUUUAUAUCUAGUAACACAGAGUUUUACUUGAUUAUUAUCCUCAUCAUCAACUACACCUUAUCCUAAAUGACAACUGCACCUCCGAAUGUGUUUUCCUUAGUGUUUGCAUGACCCAAAUGACAAUCUGAUGGAGAAGGCAAUAUUUGGCCUUCUCAUGGUCAAGUCUAGAAAACUACCAACACGAUCAAGAAAUAGUCAAGGAUUUUUCAAUAAUGAACCUUCUUCUCGUUUGAAUUUGAUGUUUGUGUCAGUAAAGUGGAGCUUCUUUUCCCAAACCUUGAUCUAAAUCUUUUGACUAGCUUCUUAUAAUAAUUCUCCUACGAUACAAAGACUUCAUCUUUUAGAUUUGCCACUUUCAGACUUAGAAUGAGCAUGCAAAUAUUAAAUCACACAUUUUUUGAGUUCUCUUUUGUGAGGUACCCACAUAAUUUAUAUUAAUAUCACGUGUUAAUACUUGAUUCACUUUUGGAAUGUGUUGCUUUGCUCUUGUAACAGUUCUCACCAUUCUCCAUGUCAAAAGUUUAAAUAUAUUUUGUUUGUGGAAACAGAAGGCUCCUCAUCCUAAGGACCUCACCUGGGUUCAUUUAGUGAAUGACGGAAGUGUUUUUGAAUGACCAUGAGGUGCAAAAGCAGCCCACUGGACUGGGGGAGAUGCUCCUUAAGGAGGGGGGUCCUUCAUAGUAGAAUAUCUGAAG